UAAUUUAAUGGAUUAAUCAGUUCCCUUGUGUCAGAGUGUAUUGACCUCGAUUCUUGUGUUCAUCCCAAUUUGCCUUUUUUAUAGAUCAAUUCCCAUGGCGAUUCCCGCUCUUUCUCCUUCGCACCCUCACUCUGAAGACCAAGAAGAAGAAGAUCCAAUGUCUCCUGUUCAAAACCCCGAUUCCAUGGACCAGCAACAACCGGGAGAAGGAGUGGUGGAAGCAGCAGUAGAAGAAGAACAGAACCAGUCCGAUCCGCCUCAAACUUCUGAAACCCUAACCCUAGAACCACCCGAUCCCCAACAAAACUCCCCACAAGCGGACCCGCAAGAUUCAGAACUCCAACUCAAUGAAAAUUUCAAUAACGAUCAUGAUCCCAGUGACCAAGGUGAGUCUCCUGCUCUUUCUCCUCGAAUCGCCGAUGUUAACGCGUUGGUUUCUUCCGCCUGUGUUUCUCGACGGGUUCCGAAGCGGAAGAAGUUUUGGAUGAAACGGAGAUUUCUCCAGGAGAAAUCUCAGAAGAAGCUUGAGAUUCUGGUUGAUACUUUCAAACCCAUUCCCUUUGUUCCUGCUAAAAAUCUUGAUUUCUCUAGUCAUGAGAGGCUUUUGAAGCGAUUGGGGUUGUGGGAUUUUGUUCAUAUUAAGUUUGAUAGGCCUUUGCGACAAGAUCUUCUCAUGCAAUUGGUUGCGAAUUUUAACAACAACCAGAGGUGUAGUUAUGUUAAUGGGAAUAGAAUCAGGGUGAAUCGGGCUGAUUUGGCUCGUGCCUUGGGGUUGCCGGUGAAGAAAGCGACGGUAGUGGAGAAUGGUGAGGAAGAUCCUAUUGCAUCUGAGGAAUCGAUUGCUUUUAUUGAGGAUUUUGUGUCCAACUGGUUGCUUUUACACGAAGAUACUUGGAUGAUGCCCAAUGAGAUAAUGAAUUGGACAAAGGUGAUCAAGGAUGGGAACUUUGAGCGGGUUGAUUGGGCUGGUUUGAUUUGGUUUAUGGUGGAAAAGGAGUUGGUGCAAUCUCCGCAAUUGGUGAAUUGUUACUAUGCUUCACAUUUGCAGUGUCUGAUCCAGUCACAACGGGAAGAUUUAUUGAAGGAAGAAGCGCCUAAGGUCGAAGAGGUUGAACACAAGGAGGAGGUCGAGCAGGUACCUGGGCAGGGAGAGGAGCAAGAGCAGGAGCAAGAGCAAGAACAGGAACAGGACAGAGAACAGGAUGAUGAAGAUGGGGUUUGUAAUGAGAGUCCAAAGAUAAUAGGGAAUGAUGACUCUAUGGUUAAAAAAUUGGAGGAACACACUAUUGAAUUGAGCCUCGGACAAGACAAUGUUGAGAAAGUUGAUGUUCAUAAGGAGAAGGAUAGUCUUGGGGAUACGAUGGAUUUAAUGGAAAGCAAAGCAGAAGAAGAACAAGAGCAAGAACAAGAAGAACAAGGUCAGUGGCUUUUGGAUGGAAAAGGUAGAGCCCCGGAGCUUCUGUUCAGGAGGUGUAAUACAAAUGAAUUCAAGGAAUUUGAUUUUGGGGAUGAAAAGAAAACAGAAUUAGAAGAAGGGGAUGGUCAAGGAAAAGAAGAGGAGGAGGAGGAGGAGGAGGAAGAAGAAGAAGAAGAAGAGGAGGAAGAAGAAGAGGAGGAGGAAGAUCAGGAAGGUGAGUUCCGCCUGUUGCCAAGGAAUAAUUCUAUUGAUGGAUUUCCUUCAAGCCAACUUAUUCAAGAAAUGGAGACAGAGCCCAUUAACUUUAACUCAGAGUUUGAAUUACAUGGUCAUUCAUCUGCUGAAUUUCUUCCAACCAGAGAUGAUAGCAGAAUGAGUUCUGGUGGAUGCAUACCUUUUGUUAAUAGCAACAAGAGAGUGAUCGACUCUGAUAUUGACAACCCAGCUCAGUCUCUUAAUGGUGGGAACAAAAGGUUAAGGAGCGAAGGUCCACUUGACUAUGAUAAGUGUAUGGAUAACGUACAACAGUGGCUUGAUAAAGCAAGGAUGAUGUACGCAGAGAAAGAUCAGGUUCAUCAGCAGGCCACCAUGAAUCAGCAAUACUUGCUUCACGAGCUGCAGCAGAGAGAGGCCUUUAUUGAACAUUUGAGAAAGACAAAGUUUGAGGAGCAACAGAAGAUGCAGUCUGAUAUUUACCGGCUUGAGCGUGAGCUCUAUGUGAUGGGAAAUUUAUUAGAUGGCUACAGAAGGGCAUUGAGGGAAACGCACAAAGCAUUUGCAGACUAUAGAACCCGGUGCCCACAAGCUGACGAACCACUCUACAAAGAUGUUGCUGGUUCUGGUGGUCUUGUUCUAAGCACCAUGGAACUGGAAAGGAUACGAUUGAAGCAGGCAGAGGAAGAUAGACUAAACCGCAUAGUUAUUGAGAAGAAGUUCAAAGCCUUGGAAGACAAAUUUGUUGACGUAUUUCAUGCUCAUCUGCAGCAGGUUAGUUCAUUGGAUAGUAGGCUGCUAGAUUUUGGAAAUGAAGUGAAAACUCUGAGGGAAUCAUUGGCGAAUAGGAAAGUUCCAGCAACUUCAGAACCCAUUUCAAAUGAAUGAUGCAAACCCCAGGAUUCACUGUGUAUAGUUAACUUUGAAUCAUGACUAGCUUGCUUCAAUGGUGUUCUUUUUAAGUUUUGUAUUUCUGUUUGUGCAGAUUCAAACUGGAAAGGUAGUCCAUUUUUAUUUUAUCGGCAGAUUACGGUUAUUCUAAAAGUUUAUGACGUAAUAUUAUUCUUGUUGCAUGUA